CGGUGAACCCGAGGAACACCCCAAGCAGCACGGCGCCGCACGGCCUCCGGGGCUUCAUGGCCGGUCACCCCGCGGGGAGGCUGCAGCUUGUUGUUGAUGCAGUUCACUGAACUACCAGCAGGGGGCAGCAGAGUCACAGUAAUGACAGAGCCAUUCAGCAGCUGCUUCCCAGGCCAAACGGACCGUCGCAGCCCAUUGGUGGAGAUGCUGUGACGUCACGUGAUGAGGGGCGGGCUCAGGCUGCGCCGCUGCAGCCGCACUGAGUGGCGCACAGUGCGCUGCAUGACUCCAGCCUGCAGGCUGCUGCUGCUGCUUAACUCCUGGAUUUACCACCACCGACGCCGAGGGAAGGACCCAUGAGCCACAGACAGGAGCCGAGUUCCCUCAUCAAUAAGGUGCAGCUUUGAUGGCGAUGGCCAUGACCCUGCGCUACCACAGGACCGUCAUCUUGGCUGUGGCCUUCUGUUUCCUGCCUUGCAUCACUUCCUCCCUCAACCUGGAGGAUCCCAACGUCUGCAGCCACUGGGAGAGUUACUCGGUGACGGUGCAGGAGUCCUACGCUUAUCCCUUUGAUCAGAUCUACUACACCAGCUGCACCGACAUCCUCAACUGGUUCAAGUGCACCAGACACAGGGUGAGCUACCGGACCGCCUACCGGAGGGGGGAGAAGACCAUGUACCGGAGGAAGUCCCAGUGCUGCCCGGGCUUCUUGGAGAACGGAGAGAUCUGUGCUCCUCACUGCGCGGCGAGCUGCGUCCACGGCCGCUGCAUGGCCCCCAACACCUGCCAGUGUGAGCCGGGCUGGGGGGGCUCCAACUGCUCCAGUGCCUGUGACAGUACCCACUGGGGUCCCCACUGCAGCAGCCGGUGCCAGUGCCAGAACGGCGCGCUGUGCAACCCCAUCACCGGCGCCUGCGUCUGCUCGCCGGGGUACCGGGGCUGGCGCUGCGAGGCCCCGUGCGAGGCGGGCGCCUACGGCAACGGGUGCCAGCAGAAAUGCCAGUGCCGGAACGGAGCCGCCUGCCACCACGGCACCGGAGAAUGCAAGUGCUCCCCGGGAUACACCGGAGCGUUCUGUGAGGACCUGUGUCCUCCAGGGAAACACGGGCAGCAGUGUGAGGAGAGAUGUCCAUGUCAGAGCGGAGGAGUGUGUCACCACGUGACCGGAGAGUGCUCCUGUCCCGCAGGAUGGAUGGGUUCCGUGUGUGGUCAGCCGUGUCCGCGGGGCAGGUUUGGACAGAACUGUUCUCAGGAGUGUCAGUGUCACAACGACGGCUUCUGUGUGCGGUCGUCUGGUCAGUGUGUGUGCAGCCCCGGCUACACCGGAGAGCGCUGCCAGGACGAGUGUCCGGUGGGCUCGUUCGGUGCCGGCUGCGCUCUGACGUGCCGCUGUGAGAACGGGGGGAAGUGUCACCACGCCGACGGCCGCUGUGCGUGUGAGCCCGGCUACGGCGGCGCCGCGUGCCACGAGCGGCUGUGCCCCGAGGGACGCUACGGCCUCCGCUGCGACAGGAAGUGCCCGUGCCACGCCGGCAACACGCGCAGCUGCCACCCGAUGUCGGGGGAGUGCUCGUGUCGGCCCGGCUGGUCCGGCCUGGACUGCAACGAGACCUGCACCCCGGGCUUCUACGGGGAGUCCUGCCAGCAGGUGUGCCGGUGCCAGAACGGAGCGGACUGCCGCAGCGUGAGCGGGGAGUGCGUCUGCGCUCCGGGCUUCACGGGUCCCAACUGCACGGGGCCGUGCCCGGCGGGAACCCACGGAGCGGACUGCUCCUCCAGCUGCAGCUGCAAGAACAGAGCCCAGUGCUUGCCUGUGGACGGGUCCUGCUCCUGCAAGCCAGGGUGGCAUGGGGUGGACUGCUCCAUCAACUGCCCCAGUGGUACCUGGGGUCUGGGCUGUAACCUCACCUGCCUGUGUGGCAACGGAGGAGCGUGCAACGCGCUGGACGGCCGCUGUACCUGCGCUCCGGGCUGGAGAGGAGAGCGCUGCCACCACCACUGCCAGGACGGCUCCUACGGCCUGGACUGUAAGGAGCGUUGUGACUGCAGCCACGCCGAUGGAUGCCACCACUCCACCGGUCACUGCCGCUGUCUGGCCGGAUGGACCGGUAUCCACUGUGACAGUGUGUGUGCAGAGGGCCGCUGGGGCCCGAACUGCUCGCUACCCUGCAACUGCAAGAACGGGGCCUCCUGCUCUCCAGACGAAGGCACCUGUGAGUGUGCUCCGGGAUACAGAGGCACCACCUGUCAGAGGAUCUGCUCUCCAGAUUACUUCGGCCACCGCUGCAGUCAGACCUGCCCUCAGUGCGUCCACAGCGUCGGGCCGUGCCACCACGGCUCAGGGCAGUGCCACUGUCUGCCGGGCUUCAAAGGGGCGCUGUGCAACGAGGUGUGCCCCAGUGGUCACUUUGGGAAGAGCUGCGCCUGGAGGUGCAGCUGCACCAACAACGGCACCUGUAACCCCAUCGACGGCUCCUGCCAGUGUUACCCGGGGUGGAUCGGCAGCGACUGCUCCCAGCCGUGUCCUCCUGGUCAGUGGGGACCCAACUGCAUCCACACCUGUAACUGUCACAACGGAGCCUACUGCAGCGCCUAUGACGGAGAGUGCAAGUGCACCCCGGGGUGGACCGGCCUCUACUGCACACAACGCUGUCCGUUGGGCUUCUAUGGGAAGGACUGCUCCCUGACCUGCCAGUGCAGGAACGGAGCCGACUGCGAUCACAUCUCUGGACUGUGCACCUGUCGCACCGGCUUCAUGGGACGGCACUGUGAACAAAGGUGUCCUUCUGGUUCCUACGGUUACGGCUGCCGUCAGGUGUGCGACUGUCUAAAUAACUCCACAUGUGAUCACAUGACUGGGACAUGUUACUGCAGCCCGGGCUGGAGGGGAGCUCGCUGUGACCAAGCCGGUGUGGCGGUGGGCAGCCUCAACAGUCUGACCAGCGCCGCCAUGCACGUGGACACCUACCAGAUCGGAGCCAUCGCGGGCAUCAUCGUCCUGGUGCUCCUGGUGCUCUUCCUCCUGCUCUUCUUCAUCAUCUACAGGAAGAAGCAAAAGGGCAAAGAGCCCGCCAUGCCGGCCGUGACCUACACGCCGGCUCUGAGGGCCGACGCUCCGUUAGCAGACGCUCAGCCAGCAGCCGGCGAGGCUCAGCCCAGCAGCUACUUCACCAACCCCAGCUACCACACGCUGACCCAGAGCGCCAGCUCCUCACGCCUCAACAACGGCCCGUACGGAGAGGCCAAGAGCAGCCAGCAGUUUGUGAAGUUGAGCGGCGUGGACCAGAGGAAGAGGAGGGUUCCUCUCGCUGAGCACAACCGCACGCUGCCGGCAGACUGGAAGCAAGAAGACUGCUUCAAUGAGCUGGGAGCCCACGGAGUUGACAGGAGGUACAUGGGGAAGUCUUUACGAGAUGUGAAGGGCACACUGUACCACGCCAGCUCCUGCUCCAUCAACAGCUCUGAGAACCCCUACGCCACCAUAAAGGACCCCCCGCCGCUCACAGCCAAGCACACCGAGUGCGGCUACGUGGAGAUGAAGUCGCCGGCCCGACGGGAUUCACCGUACGCCGAGAUCAGCAACGACGGCCCCGCCAACAACCGCAACGUCUACGAAGAUGAGCCCGUGAGCGGCAUCCCGCCGCCUGGAGACGGCGACGCGCAGUUCGGUCAAGACCCGUACGACCUGCCGAAGAACAGCCACAUCCCGUGUCACUACGACCUCCUGCCCGCCAGAGAGAGUCCGUCCCCGGAGCCCCGGGAGCCGGGCGGGGAAUACGGCGGCACAGAGACUCGGUCCAGAGACCGGGUCUCACACCCAGUCUGCAGCACUGCGGGUUAUGGACCUUAGCUUCCUUCAGAACUAAGUGGGUGUGUCAGCGUUUCGGAGGUUAGUUUUUGAGGUUUAUACAGCUGUUAUUUUUUACAGCGAUUUGUGAACUGGGAUGAAAGUCUUCGUCUUCGUCGGUCAUUCCACAAGCCCGGGAGGUUGUUCUGGACCUCCUUCUGACGGCCUCCCCGAUCCGUCUGUUUCUUCUGAGUGUCUCAAUGCGACACAUCAUACAAAUACACCUGGCUCCACCCUCAAAAGGUGACCUCUCUAUACCUCUGCACACCUGGCUACAGCUUCCUGCGUACAAGUGGCCUUGAUCCUUGGGUAAAUAAUCCACCCGAAGGUGGUUUCAGAGGCUGGUAAAUAAUCGUAGUCCUUUGUUUCGAGUAUACUGAAGCCUUAAUUCAUGAGUGUGUCGAACAUUCAAUACCAAUCAAAGCUCUAUUUUUGUAACAAGUAUUAUCAAAUGGAUAUGUGAUGGAAUAUUAGCACCGAUAUCAAAGAUGAGGCGUUUGUGAUGUUGGAAUAGUCCGUGCUGGAUGAGCUAACCAAAGGAACGAGUUCAAAGCUCUCUAAAUGUUUUAUCCAAUAGAUCACGAGAUGAUCCUCUUCUCAUUGUGCCAGGUUUUUUAUUUGAUGUCAUUUACAACUAAUUACAGAUAGUUUCCAUACUAGUUUAAUCUUAAACAAUAAGAAACAUAAUUCCUGAAUGCCAUAAUUCCUGAAUAUCAUAUCAGUCGUGCAUAACGCUCACCGCCUCGUGUUCCACACAUACGUCUUCUUGCUCAGCCACUGCAGUUCAUUUUAAAAGGACAGACGAGGUGUGGAAGCCUCACCAGGACAGAGGAACCGAGGCCUCAGGCCUCACCGUCACUGAGAUCCUUACCCCCUUUCCACCUGGAGCAUUAGAAGGUGUCCCGUUAUCCAGAUUGUAUCUCGGUAUGAUGUAAUCUGAUGACAUGUACAGCUGGUAUUAACAUGUGUCCUCACAGAGCAGCCACGGCCGGUUGGAGCCGUUGCUUUAUGAGAGGCCACGUUUUUUGCUUUCACACUUCCGUUGGACCAAAUUGAAAGCAAGACUCUCGGUCUCGAACCGAUCCACAGGCGUCUUGAAUAUCCAACUGGCGAAUGGCUGCUUCCUCGCCGGUUUGGCCACGGAGGUAUCAUCUGUCCACGUGGUUUCUGUACGUGGAUUGAAAACACAUUCACAUCUCCGGUCACAAAGAGUCCCUGAACCGCCUGAAGGCGAUCCGUCCUCAAAGCCUGUUGGGGGCAUUGACACUUGUAGACUCUCAUGAGGUCCAUCCAAGUGAAAUCUGAUCACCCAAAAAGUAUUUUAAUUUGAGGUGUAAUAACACAUGAUCUGUGUGUGGAUCUUAUCUGUAGCAGGUAAAGACCAACGCCACGAGCUGGAGGAGACUUAUGAGGGAUAACGAGCAAUGUGAGACUCCAACGUUCUGACAGGAGAAGUCAUGUUCUCCUGGUCAAAAAGCCUUCGUCAUUGAGUUCUCCUCAUUGGCCCAAUUGGUCAAGGGUGCACGAUGUUAGAGGAACAUACGAGUCCCAGUUGUCCCUGAUCCCAGCCUCCCAAUGGGAUGAUGGUCAGUAUUUACACUGAGGCUCUGCCCCCCGUAUACUGUCAAUUACUCCAUCACGAUGUUCCUAUAUUCUGUUAUUUAUCUCUUUCAUUUUAUAAUAAUACUGAAUAUAAUGCAUUGUAUUUUGUUUGUUUGCUUGAAUCUUAUGUUAUGCAUGAAUGGAGUGUUAUGGCCGAGCCACUAGAUGUCACUAGAUGGCAGAACAUGUCGGAUUACAACUGUUUAGUUCACACUUGGAGACCUUUUCCACUGCAGGAACCAGAACCAGAGCUUUGUACUGGCUGACCUCGACCUUUCAGAACCUUGUGAGCUCUGGCUGCAUUUCACCGACAUGUUUUGGUGAGAAAUGCAUCAACGUUCCAUCUGUUACUGCAAGGACUCCACACCCCCUUCCCUGGUGCUUCCUCUCAGCGAAACCUUCGAGGUUCAAAAGAAAAGUCUGUCUUACAUACGAGGAUAGAGGGCCGACGAUGAGCAAUGGACCGCUUUGAGAUCAGCUUUCUCUCUUGAUUGUGAAGAUGAGAAUCCACGGCACAAGCUGGUUGGCGAUAGAGUCCAGUGCAUAGUCGCCCCCUUCAUUGUGUCGAUGUGUGGUUGUGUGUCUGGCCACCGUUGUGCUUUCUCACGGCUCUGACCUUCUAAAUCCCCGUCAGCCAAACAACCGACCUCUGGACAGUGACCUCAUGCUGAAGAGCCCGUCCAGCACACCGCCCCACAUUCCUCAAACGCUGGUGAGGUUCCGGUUGGUUCAUCCAACAGAUUCUUCACAGUUGAACAGCCGGGGCGGACAUGGAGACGGCGAGGUUGCGGUUCGACCCACCGGGCCUAAGUUCUCCCACAUAAACUCUCCUGACGUCCUCUAGCAGGAUGGAGGAGCCCCUUCUCGUCCGUGUUGAGUUUGAUGUCGUUUCCAUUCUGUUGGUUUGUGGGUUGUGUUGUGAUGAUUCAGUUAUUAAUCCUUCUAUUAUUGCCCAUUUCCCCGUUUCCAGGAAACAUCUGUUACACAACCGAGUAUCAUAACCAGUUACAUCAUUGUUCCGGCUGGAUAACCCGAAGGAGUUGAACUAAGUUGUAUGAUUUUCUCCAACAGUAGAUCCUCCUCAUCCCGUCUCUUCCAACAGGGUCCUUAAAGUCUUGAAUAAUGGUAGAAGAGGGUUCACUAGUUGUUAAUGUGGAGGUGUUGUGGUCUUCUGCCACACACACACGAGCAUGAGGUGUAGCGGCAGCCAUGUUUUGUUCAGCUGGAGUGGAUAAGGCCGGUCAUAUUACAUCACGGGCUGAAGGUACCUGGAGCGUUGCAUCACCACCUGAGCAGAUCCCCAAAUCAUGAUUCAUCUGGUCUCACUUCAGUGAGUCUUCAUGUCCUCUGAGCAAUGAGCCGACACUCAGUUUAAAGGGCUGAAGCUGGACUUUGGCUUCUUGAGAGGAUGAGUGCAACGGGACGAGUUCACGUUAGAGAAAAGGGUUUCUUUUGAAUGAUUGUUUCUUUCCUGUAUUUUGAUUUGCCUAAAAAAAGCAAAAAGUCUGAAGCUAUUCUGAGCUUAUUUGGAAAUGUGUGUAUUAUAUUGUAAAUAGUUUGAUCACUUGUGUGAAAAUAUUCACAUCACCCAGCGUCGUAUGUCCAAAGUGAAAAUUGGAAACUUAGCACUGACUCAUCCUCUACACCACAUACAUACAUUUACUUGUAAUACUUCCCUAUGUGACGAGUAUUGUGUUUUUAAAUGACCACUAAAGCAACGUAUCUGAACAGGAACGCUUGAGAUUAACAAAUACAUCCAAUUGAUUUGUUUCUUCAGAAAUAGUCAUUCACACACGUUGAUUCAUCCACAACCACAAUGGGAUUAUGUUUCGUUCUGUUUUUUGUUUUUAUUUUUCAUUAUAGUGAUAUUUUGUGAAAAUGCUUUAGAAUAAAUGUACAUAUUAUGAUGAAAUUA